AUGACCGCCAUUGAUUUGGUAAUGGUAAUGAUCUUCUUAUUACAAACUAUAGUUGGACUUCUGGGGAAUUUUUAUCUUCUUUACCAUUAUCUCUUACUUUAUCUAACGGGAUGGGGGUUCAGGUGCACAGAUUUGAUUCUCAAACACUUGACUAUAGCCAACUCCUUGGUCAUUCUCUCUAAAGGAGUCCCCCACAUGAUGGCAGUUUGGGGACUAAAAGAAUUCCUCAAUGAUAUUAGAUGCAAAUUUGUUUUCUGUGUUCACAGAGUGUGCAGGAAUGUGUCCAUUGGCACCGUCUGCCUCUUGAGCCUCUUCCAGAUGAUCGUCAUCAGUCCCAGGGAUUCCAGGUGGGGAUGGCUAAAAGUGAAAGCUUCCAAGUACCUGGGCAGCUCCAACAUCCUCUGUUGGAUCCUGAACAUUAUGUUUAGUAUUAUCAUUCCUAUGUAUAUAACUGGCAAGUGGAGCCACCAAAAUGUCACAAAGGCAAAGAGUUAUGACUAUUGUUAUUCUAGAGGUCCUGACUACAUAGCACAGUUACUGCAUUUAGCAUCAGUAUUAUUCCAUGAUGGUUUCUGUUUGGGGCUCAUGAUCUGGGCCAACGGCUCCAUGGUCUUAAUCCUGCACAGGCACAAACAGCAAGUCCAAUACAUUCACAGCAACAAUCUCUCCACCAGAUCCUCCCCUGAGUCUACAGCCACCCAAAGCAUCCUUAUCCUCGUCAUCACCUUCGUAUUUUUGUGCAUUCUCUCCUUCAUCUUUCACAAUUGUUCAGUGAUUUUUGACAAUCCCAGUUGGUGGCUGAUGAACACCACUACACUAAUCACUGCAUGUUUUCCAACUGUAAGUCCCUACAUCCUCAUGAGCCAUGACUCUAGAUUGUCCCGGUUCUGCUUUCUCAAGAAAAGAAAUACAAAAUUGCUUAAAUUUAUCAUAAAUGUGUAA